AUGCCGACUUCCAGCAGCAGCGAUUAUGAUUCUGAUUAUUCCUCCAGCUAUUCUGAAGAGGAUUCCAAGAUUUUUGCGGCCAAGGCAUGUGCCAAUAUGGAUCAUGCUAAGGAGAUAAUAAAUAGGAUGCCCCUCGAUGAGCUUAGAGCUGCUCGUGAUGAAAUCUUAAAUAGAAAAGAGAGGGAUGAGAUAAUGGCUGAUUAUCGGGAGAAAAUACGUAGAAAUCAGCAAAAAGUACUAAGAGCUGAGGAGAAACUUCGAUCUUGUCUUGAUGGUGUAGCUUCAGACUCAGAUGCUUCAGAUGCCGAGGAAGAACUCGUAUGGGAUCUGACAGAACGCAAGAGUAGGCCGUAUCCACCGCACAGGGAGAUUGAGCGAUUGGUUAAGGCUGAUCUCCAAGAUGAAUAUGAUGAAGAAGACUAUUGGGACGCGAUAAAUGGCGAUCUCGUCGAGGAAGAAGAAUUCCAUAGCUCGGACAGCGAUUCUGCAAAGGAGUAUGAUGAGGAUUCCACGAAGGACGAUGAUGAUGCUGAUGACGAUGAAUCCGACGAUUCCGACGAUUAG